AUGGUUCGGAUUGCGCUCGCUGGCGGCUCUGGGGGAGUAGGGCGAGAGAUUCUAAAUGCUCUCCUUGACACUGGGAAACACGACAUUACUGUCAUCUCUCGCAAGGUAGGGCAUUACAUUCCUGAGCUAGAAUCCCGAGUAUCGUGGGUCGUAGCAGACUAUGCCGAUACCAGUCGACUGGUUGAUCUACUGCAAGGGGUGCAUACAGUCCUCUCAUUCAUCGUAGUAGCACAAGACAAGGGAAACCAAUCGCAGCGAAACUUGAUCGAUGCAUGCGUCCAAGCUGGUGUCAAGCGCUUUGCACCAAGCGAUUGGGCAGGGUUAGUCACAGCCUUGGCUUCGACCAAUGGUCUCCCGUGGUAUGCGGGUAAGACUGCCAUAGAGCAGUAUCUGAAGAAGAUUAAUCAAGAAGAAAAGGUCCUCGAAUUCUGCUGUUUCAGACCGGGUAUGCUCAUGAAUUAUCUGGCUUUUCCCCAAAAGACAACCAAAUAUGCAGAUAUCUGGGGUAUUCACAUUGACAUGGAGCAUCGACGGGCAAUCAUAUUGGGUGAUGCCAAGAAUCCCGGUUAUUUCAGCAUGACAACCAUGGAUGAUGUAGCCAAAAUCGUUAGCAAGGCUGUCGAAUAUGAAGGGCAGUGGCCAGAGGUUGGAGGAAUCCGGGGAGAUAACAUUUCCCAGCAAGAGCUCAUUGCCUUGGGCGAAAAGAUUCGAGGGGGGAGGUUUGCAGUGGAAACAAUCAAAUCAGUGCAAGCUCGUGCCGGCAGACUGACCGCUACAUGGCACCCAAAAAUGGAGCAUCCUACUGUUCCAGAAGAGCUGAGGGAAUCAUCGGCAAAGAUUUUCACGGCCAAGACGAUUGUUUCCGUUUAUCAAGGCAGCUGGGAAGUAUCUGACGAGUGGAACAAAAUCUUCCCAGACUAUAAGUUUACAACGAUUCAGGAGUUUCUUGAGAAGUGGUGGACGGGUAAAGAAUAA